AUUUUGAAGGGUGAUGAGGCAAGAAACAAAGUGAAUAGAUGGGGCGAAGAGGAAACAAAUGGCAUCAUCAAAGAAAUACUUCCACCUGGUACAGUUACUCCAGAUACUAGGCUUAUCUUCGCUAAUGCAAUGUGUUUUAAAGGAGUAUGGAAAAAAAUAUUCGAUUCGUCUUUGACUAAAGAGCGCGAGUUUUACCUCUUAAAUGGAAGUUCCGUAAAAGCACCCUUUAUGAGCAGCGACGAUAAGCAGUACAUUCGUGAAUUUGACGGUUUUAAAGUUUGGUGGCUACCGUAUAAGCAAGGCGAAGACCGCGAUCGCAGUUUCUCAAUGUGUAUCUUUCUUCCGGACGCCAAAGACGGACUGCCGGCCCUGCUAGAAAAAGUUUUCUCCGAGUCUCGAUUUAUCGAGAGCCACCUCCCGAAUCAUCCGGUCCAAGUUGGCGAUUUUCGAAUUCCAAAAUUCAAAAUAGGUUUUAAAUUUGAGGCUUCGGAAAUCCUCCAGGGGCUUGGAGUGGUGCUUCCUUUUCGUAUGGGUGGUCUGACUGAGAUGGUUGACCCGAGUAUUGAUGGAGAGAGACUCUUUGUUUCCGGAAUCUUCCAGAAGGCGUUUAUCGAAGUGAACGAGCAAGGCACGAAAGCCGAAGCUGUUUCAGCUGUUAUGCUUGGUGGCGGUUGUCCGGAGAAAUUGGAUUUUGUGGCUGACCAUCCUUUCCUAUUUGUUGUAAGAGAAGAUUGGAGUGGGGUGGUGCUUUUCAUUGGCCAACUGCUUAAUCCGGUUGAUGAGUAGAACAUGUGUUUUGUUUUCUCCUUUAAUAAAUUUAUUUUUAAUGUUUUAAAUAAAGACUGAAGCUUUUGGUUUAAUUAGAAUUUU